UUACUCAAAGUCUCUCGAUUAUAUCGACUACUGAUAUUUCAGUUGUUGAAAAUGUUUUGGAGGGUUAUGGAUUCCUACUUAACCAAUGGUAUCAUAUAGCAUACACUCUUUCAGAAUUUGAAAAACGAAUGAAAUUCUAUAUAGACACAUCCCAAAUAUUCAGAAGCCAGUCUAUCAUAUUUAAUUAUGGACAGUUAUAUAUUGGAAAUAAUCACAUUUGGGAUGGAAUUACCGGUCAAGGUGAAGAUCCAACGAAAAGUACUGAUGAACGUCCAAAUAAAUUUUUUUAUAGUCUAAGUAUAGGAUUCUUUCUUGGUAUGAUAGCAUCAAUAGGUGGUUUUUUUAUACAUAGAGCCAUAAAACGGAAAGAAUAUCGAGAAAUCCCUGACUCCGCAUAA